AUGAAUUUGAAGCCAUCUCUUAUCAAUAAACCCGCUGACGGUGUUAGGCCUGCAAUUUGGAAGUCACUCGCACCGUACAUCUCCAACCACCAUCUUAAAUUACCUGCGUUGCCAGUCCCAUCUCUGGAAAACACUGCAGAUCAAGUCUUAAAUUCUAUCAAGCCAUUGACUAAUGACGUCAACCAAUUUACGCAUCUUGAGGGGAAAUUGCACAGAUUUCUAGCCAACGAAGGCCCAGCACUCCAGCAGAGACUUAUUUCACGCAGUCAAGAUCCAGAGCACGUCAAUUGGCUUGAGAUGUAUUGGGACGACGCAGCAUACAUGUCCUAUCGCGAUUCUGUCGUCGUCAACGUUUCUUACUUUUAUGGUUUCGCACCACCAAAGCAAAAGCUGGAUUUACCUCAGUAUGCUGCUAGAGUUGCUCACCACGCUCUUCAAUUUAGAAAGUUGCUCUAUGACGGCCAAAUCGAACCUGAUGCGAUCGGUAGAGACAAUUCACCAAUUUGCAUGAACUCGUACAGGUUCCUCUUUGACGCCUGCCGCAUACCAGCCAAGCCAGCUGAUUACGUCAGUGUGCAAAGACAAGGUAUCGGCCAUGUCGCAGUCGUUUACCGUGGUAAUUGGUGGAGCAUCCCGUCAACCACGGGCGACGGUACACCUCUCUCGAUUUCAGAGCUUGAGCAAAAUAUAGAAUACAUCCUUGAUCAGCAAGCCGAAGAGGGGUACGUUGGUCUUCUUACGACACGCAACAGAGAUAAGUGGGCAGAUGAUCGAUCUGCUCUGUUGCAAAUUGACAAAAAGAAUGAAGAGUCUUUAGCUGCAAUCGAAUCAGCUGCCGUUGUUAUCACAUUAGACGGUAACCAAGCAAUCAACUCGCCAGUCGAUAAGUCUAGACACCUCUGGCAUGCAGGUGAAACAGGGAGAUUCUCUAACAACCGCUUUGUCGACAAGCCCCUCCAAUUCAUCUGCUGGCAGGACGAGUCUUCUGAGACAGCUAGUGGUGGUUUUAUGGGUGAGCAUUCCUGUGCUGACGGGACGCAACCUCAAAGAGUCUGUGAUUACGUUAUGGAGAGCAUUCAAAAGGCUUCACUGCCCUCAAAUGAGCUGCUCGAUCAAGAUACUGUUAAUGCAGAGAGAAGAGAUACCCAAACACCAAUCCCCCUCCCGUUCAACCUCGACGGUCUUCAAGGGUCAAUAAAUGAUGCCUGGAAUGAGAUCAAGGAGCUGGCAAAUAGCCAAGUUCUUGGAUAUAUCUUAACUAAUUAUGGCAAAGGAGCGAUCAAGAAAGCAGGUUUUUCACCAGAUGCGUGGACGCAGAUGGUCAUACAGCUCGCUUACUCUCGUUUGGCAGCUAGAGAAGGUGAAGAAGCAUUCCCAGCUCCUACAUAUGAAGCAGCAAUGACACGUUCAUUCGCUAAUGGCCGUACUGAAUGUAUUCGCUCAGCCACCACUGACAGCGCGACAUUUACUAAUGCUAUGAACGAUCCUUCUAAAACCGCUGAUGAACGUAUAAACGCCUUGGAAGUCGCUGUAAAAACACACUUGAAAAAUGCGAAGCAGGCCGGUUUAGCUCAAGGUUGCGAUAGACAUCUGUUUGGUCUGAAGAAAUCACUGCUUCCUACUGAACCUGUGCCUGAGAUUUUCAAUGACGGGCUCCUCUCAAAAUCAGGCACUUGGACACUCUCAACCUCACAGAUAUCAUCAAAAUACUUUGACACAUAUGGAUGGGGCGAAGUGGUGCCAAGCGGUUUUGGAGUCGCCUACGCUAUCUUCGAGGAUUAUCUUCAAUUCACAGUAACAAGUCAUAGCGCUUAUGGCACAGCUUCAGAGAAGAAUGACAUGGGCAAAGAACGUAACGAAGCAUUUUUGAAGGAUUUGACCACAGCUGCGAACGACAUGUUGUCGCUUUUUGGACACAAAUUGUCAGAUAGUAAACCAAGACUUAGACCAGCCACAAGAUACGAUGAAGAUCAUGUCGCGUCGAUCCACCCUACCUCCACAUCCAUAUUCAAAAGGAAAAGAGCUAAAAAACCAGCUGAUGGUGUUAGGCCUGCUUUGUGGAAGUCACUCACGCCGUACAUCUCAAACCAUGAUUUGAAGCUGCCUGCGUUACCAGUGCCAUCUUUGGAGAAUAUAGUCGUGCAGUUGUUGACAUUUGUCAAACCAUUGACGAAUGACGUCACCCAAGUCAGAGAUCUCGAAGGCAAACUGAAGAAAUUUCUAACAAAAGAGGACCUCAAGCUCCAGAAGAGGAUAAUUUCACACAGUCAAAAUCCAGAGCACGUCAAUUGGCUCGAGCAGUAUUGGGACGACGCAACCUACAUGUCUUAUCGUGAUUCUGCCGUUGUGAAUGUAUCUUAUUAUGCUGGAUAG